AUGUUUCUCCUCCCUUUUCCUAGCCCUCACGCAUGCACGCAAACUUGCCUGCAAGUGCGGACGUGUGUGAAAUCUCAAGGUCAUUGCAGGUGUGUGGCCGCCUAUAAAGACCUCGUGUCUGCUUUCACCGGACCAAACGUUUUCGUCAUGUGGAUGGUGGAGUGUGCUGAGUGUUCUCCUGCCCAGGGCGGCCUUCACGCCUGGAUCCGUCAUCUGACGGACUUUCAUGCCUUACCCACCGAAUGGCCAAGUGACAGAGCCCUCCGAUUGACAGGUCCUGCCGCUGCCAAACCCUACACUACCAUCACAGAGUCCAAGAAACGUCGAAGGAAGGACUCUGUGCCGCGUCCUCUCAAUAGUUUCAUGCUCUUCGCCCAACACAUCCGUCGAAAUGUCCUUCGAGUACACAAUGAGGCGUCCAAUUCAGUGCUAAGUCAACAACUAGGAAUUGUUUGGCGUUCAGUUCCACGAGCCAUUAAAAAUUGCUAUGAUGAAGAGGCUGCAAAAUUGGUGAAGAUUCAUCAACUUGAAUUUCCCAACUACAAAUAUCAACCGAAAAAACGUGGUGCAUUAAAUGAGACCAUAGCACCAACCAACACAUCGACAACCACUGUUCUCCCUACAACCGACACAAGUCCAAUUGUGGUACAAAGUUUGCCUGUUUCCAGAGGCUACUCACCAGAGUCAUGGCGUCUAACCGACUCAGCUUACUCAUCCAGAAAGAAUAGUUCUGCCUCAUCGUCAUCAUCGUCAUCACCACAGGUUGCAGACUUGUCCUCCACUCCAGUGAAACAGGCACUUCAGCCUUUUCGUAGGAUCAUUUUUGAUGAACAGCAACGUCCACAUGUUCGUCAGCGCUAUGCAUCUGCUACCAAUCAUCCUUCUUCCAUGCUUACACAGACUCAAUUGCUUCAACAGCCCCGUCCAACAUCGUGCUUAUUGAAUCCGGCAACGCGAGUCUUGAAGAGGGAGCACGAGCCCUUCGAUGAACAGACACAAACUCUCUACACCAGUAUAAACUCAUCCACCAGUCCAAAGCGUCGUUCUACCUUUUUAGAGGGUGAAUCGAGCGUAUUGUCAUUGCCAGAAUUGUUUAAUACUCCACGAGAGAUGACAUUGUUAAGUUGUGGUCGUGCAAAUGAAGAGGAGGAGGAUUUUUCCUACUUUGAAAGUGCUACCGAAUCGGAGUCCAUUUUGUCCGAGGAGAAUUUAAUAUUUGACGACUCCUCAUCGAUGAUGGAUUUAGCAGACUUUCUACCGGGUGCUGAAGAACUCAUACUUGGUGUGGAGCCGUUGGCCUCUGGCACGUUGUCACCAGAUCUGGAGAUGUUGGAUAAAAAUGAACUCCUAAAACUCUAA